AUGAAUGCUACAUCAAAUGUUUUAUUUGAACAACGUCUUGGAGAUUUUAAACGUAUUGUUGAAGGUUAUUUAUUAUCUAUUGUAUGCAUAUGUGGUUUAUUAGGUAAUGCAUUAACAUGUAUUAUAUUAUCUAGUCGUUUUAUGCGAACAUCAAUAACAAAUAUUUAUAUAUUUUCUCUAUCAUGUGCAUCAUCAUGUGUUUUAAUUGGUUUUUUAUUAACACAUGGUAUACGUUCAACAUUUCAUGCUGAAAUAUUUUAUCGUUGGAUAUUUACUCGAAUAUUUCCUAUACAUGUAACAUGUUUAUUAAUUCAAAUCUAUUUAACAGCAGCAGUUGCACUUGAUAGAUUUAUUCUUAUUUGUUUACCAUUUCGUAGUCAAAAAUGGCGUAGUCCUAAACGAGCAAUAUUUGUUGUUAUUGGUAUUACUUUAUUUAGUAUAUUAUAUUGUAUACCAUUUUGGUUUGAAUUUUCAUUAAUUAAAGAACAUAAUCAAACAACAAUAAUAUUAUCUGAAUUUGGAUCAAAUCGUUUAUUUCGUUUAUUAAUGCGUAAAUAUCUUUAUUUUAUAUUUGUUUUUCUUUUACCAUUAUCAAUAAUAGUAAUAUGUAAAAUAUUAAUUAUUAGAACAUUAUAUUUAAUAAAAAUACGUAAACGUUCAUUAGGAACUUCAUCGAAACAAAAUCAUUCAUCAAAUGCGAUAAAUUUCCUACUUUUAUCUAUUGUAUUUUUAUUUUUAUCAACACAAAUACCAUAUUUUAUAUUUAAUGUACUUUAUUCAUGGUUUGGGACUCGUCUUAUGACAAAUUUACUUGCAAGACAAUAUUUAGCUAUUAAUAAUUUACUAUCAGUUAUAAAUGCAUCAUCAACAUUUAUUCUUUAUGCUUUUUUUGAUAAAAAAUUUCGAGAAGUUGGUCAAUAUUUUUUAUUUUGUCAACCAUUACCAGCUAAUCUUGAUGCACGUUAUGGUGCAAUACGUUUAUUAACACAAAAUUUUACAAUAUCAAAACGACGUUCAAUUAAUUCAAUACGUCAAGGUUCAUCAAAUAUGAAUAAUAAUCAUAUAGAUUUAACAAAAAAAAAUUUAAUAUUAUCAAAUAAUAUGCCAGCAUGUGUUUAA